UUUUAUGAAAAAACAACUGCUUUAUUUGCUUUGGCGAUUUCUUAAAUUUUUAUAAUAAAUUUAAAUACUCUUAAUAUAGGACAUGAAUCAGAAUAUAAUAUUAUAAAAAUUAUAUUAGAAAUGAAUCUAAGAUUGUUCAAAAAAAAUGACCAAACUAAAUAAAUUUUAAUCGUUUUAAGAGACUUUAAUGAUUAAAAUGAUGAUUUUAAAGUAAUUUGUGAUGAUCUACUAUAAGAAAUACAGGAUAUUUGGUAAAAUGAUAUUAUAAAACCUUAAGAAUUUUAAAAUGUGGACUUAAAAUAACAUUUUAAAAUUAAUUUUUAUAAAUUAGCGCAUUAUCAUUAUGAGAUUGAAAAAUUUAAUAAAUAAUUAUUUGAAUUAAGAAAUUAAUUUGUACAUUAAAAUAAUUAAAAUUUUUUACUAAAAGACUAUAAGUAAAGUAGUAAUUUACCUAUUGAUGCUUUAGAAGAGUUAAUUAAAAAUUUAUGGGAAACAAUAAGAAAUAAUUAAGACUUGAAUUUACCAAAUGCGAAAAUUUAAGCAGCUUAGAUUAGAUGUAUUAAAAUUUAAGAAUAGUCAAUCAAUUUUUUUUCAGAAAAGUUUAUUGAAUUAAAAAAAAAAGCCGAAAAAAACAUUGUAGAAGAUUUUGGAAAACAAACAAAUUAGAUUAUUUAAUAAAGUACUGAAUUUUAUGACGAAUAAACUAUUUAUUAUUAAAACGAAAUCAAAUAGGAUAUUAAAUAAAGACUUUAUGACGACUUAAUGAUGAAAAGUAAGGAUGCUUUUAUCAGUUAUAUGAACAAAGUUUAAUAAGAAUUACUUAAAUAAAAUUAAAAAAAAAACUUUUGUAAUACAAUUUAAUAAUUAGAAAAACUAAUAAAUUAUACAAUAUAAUAUUUUAAUAAUAUAAUAUAAUGUAGUAUUCCAUUCUAAUAAUGUUUAUAACUAUGGGAAAUUUAAAAAAUAUAUGAAUUAUUUAAAUUGUAAAUAAAUAAUUUCUUUGAACAAGAAAAGAAUAUAUGUUUAACAAACUAUUUAAAUUAAAAAAUAGAAAAUUCAAAAAACGAAUUAGAAAAAUUCAUUACUGAUUAAUUUUACAAUUUAAACUAUUAAUUUUGGGAUUUAAUAAAUUAAUAUUAUUCUAAUUUAAAAAACGAAAAUUAAUCCCUUAUUUUAUAAGAUUUAAAAUCUUAUUUUUCUAAUAGAAAAAUAGCAGAUUGUAUAGAUGAUUUUGAUAAUAAAACAGAUUAAAAUAUAAAAAAAAUAAUUUAUUUAAAAUCUAAAGAUUUAUUAUAUUAUAUUAUUUAAUAGUAAAAUUUUUAGAUAUAUAUAUAUAAUUAUAUUAUAAUUAAAAAAAAAAAUAGAUUUAAAAAAUAGUUUCUUUAUGAUAAUGAGGGAUUAUCUUUGAAUUGGAAAAUAUUAGAUGAUGAAAUGAUUAGAGUGAAAUAUUUAAAUCAUAGAGAUAAAAUUAUGGUUUUAAUUAAUGAUUUUGGUUACUAUUUUAUUAAAUUAUUAAAUUAAAACUAAAGUUAAAUAACAAAGGAAUAUGAAAUUCUUCUUGAAAAAAGCCAAUUGAAAAAAAUAUAAGAUUAAUUUAAAGAAUAAUCAGAAGAUAUAUAUAAAGAUGUUUUAAGAAAAAAAGUAUAAAAACUAAAAAAAAAAAUACUUCAAUUUAAAAUAAAAAAAAAAGAAUAUGAAUUUUGUAUAAGGAAUACCUAAAUGGAUAUGGAUUGCUUUAGCUUAUUUUAUGUAUGA